AUGGCGAUCACUGUUAAAGGGGUGAAUCUCCAGUGGAAUUUAUCCUCAGAAGAGAUCCUGAAACGAACUGAUGAGCUGAUCGAGAAAUCGAAGAAGGUUUACGAUGCUGUUGGUGCGUUAAACCCGGACGAUGUGACAUAUGAAAACUGUUUGAAGGCAAGUGAACUUUUUGAUCGUUUCUUCCUGAUCCGGCCCUCUUGACAAUUCCUGCACGAGUGUUUCACGUGUGUUGUCCGCGAUCGUCAGUGAUGUUCUUUCCGUUAAGAUGUGCACGAUCAAGUGAACCUUUUGUUAGAAUUUCACAAUAAAGGAAAGUUUUGACGGAUAAUAUUUACCACGUGCCCUGUAAAAAUUAUUGACUUGAUUUUUCUGCUGCUACACUAAUGUUUACCACAACGCUUCAGUGCUCCGAUCAGACUGUGGAAAAAUAAAUCUCACUAACUAGACUAGACUUGGUUAAAGACGGAAAUAUCGAAUUUCUAAGUCCUAACUCCAAAAAAUAUUAUUUCAAAUUAAAAAAAAAAAUGAAAUUACACGUAUAAAAAAAAGUCGACCUAAUUGCUUAAAAAUGCGAUUACAUGCAAAGGUUUUCUAUUUUUGACUAACCAGAUGGCUUUAAAUUCACUAGUUAUUUGUAAUAUUUUUAGGAUUUCGCAAGAAAGUGUGAACAUCGCUUAAAUUACAUGCCAAAUAGGUAUAACUGCACGUGGAGUGCGUGCAUCUAAAAUUUACGGAACGAGUUUCAAUCACGAAAUCGUUAUAAAUUAAAAAAUUGGUCAAGGGGUUGUUUUUUACCUCCACGUGCAUUUUCUUUCGUAAGGGUGCAUUAUUACAAUCAGGCACUGUAAUCUCCCUCUUAGCCCUGAGGCAUUCCAUUACUUGAAGCAUUAACAGAUCACUGAUGCGUGAAGGAUCUAGCUUAAAUAAAUUUGCAUAAGGAAUUAAAAGUAAAAAUAUAUUAUCUCAUUUAGAACAAGCUGCAUAGCUAACCCUUUCACUCCCAGGGUUGAUGACCAACAAUGAAUUUCUCCCAACAAUAUUGAUACAUUCUUCCAUGGAAAGGUGGUGAGAAGAAAUAUAAUUAUCAACUAGGGGAUAUUGCUUGAUUUGAUGAUAAAAAAUUGUUGGAGAAAAAAAUUUUUCACAGUAGAUGGUGGUAUAGUAGACAAUGUGAAGAAUUACUUUAAGAAGAUAAUUUUGGUUAUAUCAACUGAGUUGGUAAUGUAAAUUGGCCACUGUAAAUAGUUAUCAAUUCAGUUGAUAGAACCAAAAUUAACUCCCCCACCAAUGCAGCACUACAGUUUCUUUAGAAACUUAAUACCCCUUUUAAUUCAAUGUUAGGAAUUGAUUUUUAGAUGGUAAAGGUGAUAUGGGGUGUAUUCUUUAAUUCAACAGCAAAGUAGGAAAAAAAUUGUGUCUAGCCCUGAAUGAUUUAUUUUUGUGCUUCUAUAUUUCCCUAGGCCCUGUCUGAUGGCAAUGCUGAAUAUCAUACAGCAAAAUCAAACUUGGACUUUCCCCAGCAUGUUUCCACAGGUAACUGGAACCCUGAUCAGAAUGUUUAAGUCCAAUACCUCUUUCCUGAGGUGGUUCGACCUGGUUUUGUUAUUUGUAGAUACCAAAUUCUUUGAUUGAUUGCUGCUUUCAAACAUUUUCAUUUGUUUCACAAGCAAUGGUAUCAAAACAUUUCAUAAGAAGUUAAGGUGGCUCUGAACCAUAAAUUCAGAAGACACUAAUGAAUGAUAUAAACUAGACUUGUAAUCUGAUGAUCCUGGGUUCAAGUCCUCCACCCUGCUAUUCACUGGAUUUGUUCUCAGUUGUCCCCAGUUCAAUUCCUCAGCUGUGAUGUGUAAAUAACCAACUGGUCUGCAUCCUGCCAGUUGGGAUUUUCAAGCACUUUAUGCCAAUAUUUCAGUCAUUGUAAAGCACUAUUGGAUAGCAAUAGAAAUAAUGCUAUAUAUUAAAUAAAGUCUUUAAUUUAAAUAAAUCCUCCCAUACUAGUAUUUACAGCAGCAGGGUUCUAAAUGUUUGGUUUUCAAUAAAUUGAUUUCACUUUUUUUAUCAAAUACAUAUAGAUAAAGAGAUCAGAGCGGCCAGUACUGAGGCUGACAGAAAACUUUCUGAAUUUGAAGUGGAAGUCAGGUAUUUCAGGCUCUUGCUUCUACAAUAAGAAUUGUUUAAAUUAAUUUCACCUGAAAUUUGCUAAAUUCAAUAUUAAAAGUAGAACAAAAGUGUAAAGUGUAGACUUGCUUUUUAAUUCUCAUGACAAGUUCUUUUUGGCUACAAAUUUUGUAGGAGAUUUUUCUUAAACAAAGUUGUUAUAGGUGUAUGUAUCUCAGAAAUGAGUUUAUUUAUGAAUGGAAAAAAAAAUGAUCCAAACAUGUGGUCCAUUUGAAUUUAAUCCUUGUGCAUUUUUUUUUUCUUUUUUUCAUUCUUCACAGCAUGCGGAAGGAUGUCUUUGACAAUCUUGUAACUUUACAGGUAAUUAAAAAUUGAUGAAUCU